AUGAUUAAACUGGAUGGCAACUCAAGGGGAGCUUUCAAGCCGUUGGAAAAGCUGAUGUCAAACAGUGCCAGUGGAAUUGUACCCCGGGUGGGACGGUACCUCGGUGGGACGGUGCCCGGGUGGGACGGUACCCAGGUCUCUGGUGGCACUGGGGCGCUGUUAGCCCAGGUCUCUGGUGGCACUGGGGCGCUGUUAGUCCAGGUCUCUGGUGGCACUGGGGCGCUGUUAGCCCAGGUCUCUGGUGGCACUGGGGCGCUGUUAGCCCAGGUCUCUGGUGGCACUGGGGCGCUGUUAGUCCAGGUCUCUGGUGGCACUGGGGCGCUGUUAGCCCAGGUCUCUGGUGGCACUGGGGCGCUGUUAGCGCAGGUCUCUGGUGGCAAUGGGGCGCUGUUAGUCCAGGUCUCUGGUGGCACUGGGGCGCUGUUUGCCCAGGUCUCUGGUGGCACUGGGGCGUUGUUUGCCCAGGUCUCUGGUGGCACUGGGGCGUUGUUUGCCCAGGUCUCUGGUGGCACUGGGGCGUUGUUUGCCCAGGUCUCUGGUGGCACUGGGGCGCUGUGUGCCCAGGUCUCUGGUGGCACUGGGGCGCUGUUUGCCCAGGUCUCUGGUGGCACUGGGGCGCUGUGUGCCCAGGUCUCUGGUGGCACUGGGGCGCUGUGUGCCCAGGUCUCUGGUGGCACUGGGGCGCUGUUAGCCCAGGUCUCUGGUGGCACUGGGGCGCUGUUUGCCCAGGUCUCUGGUGGCACUGGGGCGCUGUGUGCCCAGGUCUCUGGUGGCACUGGGGCGCUGUGUGCCCAGGUCUCUGGUGGCACUGGGGCGCUGUUAGCCCAGGUCUCUGGUGGCACUGGGGCGCUGUGUGCCCAGGUCUCUGGUGGCACUGGGGCGCUGUGUGCCCAGGUCUCUGGUGGCACUGGGGCGCUGUUAGCCCAGGUCUCUGGUGGCACUGGGGCGCUGUUUGCCCAGGUCUCUGGUGGCACUGGGGCGCUGUUAGCCCAGGUCUCUGGUGGCACUGGGGCGCUGUUAGCCCAGGUCUCUGGUGGCACUGGGGUGCUGUGUGCCUAG